AUGUCGGACAGUGGAGUCCCCACCAUUACCGACCUUGGGGAAUUGAUCACCCUAAUCCAGGGCCUCCUCAACGUGGAAUACAGUGCCGUCGCUUCUUUGACAUUCAUUGUAUGGGAUAUUGUGAUCACCUUUGACCAGGAGGUCGAAUACAUCUGGUCGCAACCUGCCAGAUCCCCAUUGAAAUGGCUUUUUAUAUUCGCGAGAUACUUUACUGUCAUUGUCCAGAUCAUCUUCGCUCUUGAUUACAUCGGUGUCCUCCAGGUCUGGGGCGGGAACCUUCCCGUGUGUCAAGCUUGGUUCACCCUCCAAAGCUUGGCGAUACAAGCCGUCACCUCUACCACUGAAGCCAUGCUCAUGAUGAGAGUCUAUGCGCUAUACAACCGGAAUCGGAAAGUCCGCUGCGGCUUGGUGGUCCUCUUCGCAAGUGAGCUGCUGGCCAUCAUCCCUAUGUUUGCAAUAGCCAUACCAAGGAUGGAGUUCACGGUUAUCUGCACUCCCAUUGCCUCACACUACUCUCUAUUGUUCUUCAGUUGGCUCGUGACUGUAGCGUUGGGAGUGCAGAGUAUUCUUCUAGCACUCACUCUGAAUCCUACCCUCAGAGCGAUCAGAGACGGCUGGGGACGGACCCCCAUCUUCCUAACUAUGGCUAGAGACGGGGGCUGGUCCUUCUUGCUGCAGUUCGGCAAGUGCUACCACGUAUCGCACGCUGGUUUUUGA